AUGGCGGAUGACAGCUCCACGUCGCUGCUUCAGGCCGGCUUCUUGACAAGCUCAGACCUAAGAAUCCGAGUUCUUCAGUUUGUAGAAGACAGAUUGCAGACAACCAUGUUAACUGGAAUAAUAAUUGGAGCAGCAGUGGCCUUGGCCCUUAUUGGGAUUGUCGUGGGUGUUGUUUACAGAAAGUUCAAACAAUCGAAGCAGCUUCAGCCACAAGUGCCUCAGUACCGGUUUCGCAAGAGAGACAAAGUGAUGUUCUAUGGCCGCAAGAUCAUGCGGAAGGUAACAACUUUGCCAAAUACUCUGGUCGGAAAUGCUGUGCCUCGGCAGCGGAUGCGGAAAAGGGCCAAAGUCUUGUCCUUGGCAAAGAGGAUCCUGCGCUUCAAGAAAGAGUCCCCAACCCUGCAGCCCAAGGAACCUCCUCCCUCUCUACUAGAAGCAGACCUAACAGAGUUUGAUGUGAAAAAUUCCCACCUGCCCUCUGAAGUCCUGUACAUGCUUAAAAAUGUCAGGGUCCUUGGGCACUUCGAGAAGCCUCUUUUCCUGGAGCUCUGCAAGCACAUGGUCUUUGUGCAACUGCAUGAAGGGGAGUACAUCUUCCGCCCUGGGCAGCUGGACAACAGCAUCUACGUGGUACAGGACGGAAAAUUGGAAGUCUGCAUCCAGGAGAACGAUGGCACAGAAGUUGUGGUGAAAGAGGUUCUAGCAGGAGACAGCGUCCACAGCCUCCUCAGCAUUCUGGAUGUCAUCACUGGUCACCCUGCCCCGUACAAGACCGUUUCUGCUCGGGCAGCAAUGCCUUCCACCAUCCUGCGGCUUCCAGCUAACGCGUUUCACGACGUCUUCCAGAAGUACCCCGAGACCCUCGUGAGGGUCGUGCAGAUCAUCAUGGUGAGGCUCCAAAGAGUAACCUUCCUUGCCUUGCACAACUACCUUGGUUUGACCACUGAACUCUUCAACUCCGAGAACCAGGCCAUCCCGCUGGUGUCAGUCGCAAGCGUAACCUUUGGUGGAAAUACCAACAAAGCCGUGAAAAGGCAGCUGUCUAACCUAUCAGAGGAGGAGCGGGCAGAGAGGCUUGAGAAACACGGGGAUUCCUUGGAGACUGAUACUGGAAAGGCUCCUGGGUCUGAGAGUACCCUCAGAAGGGGCUUGUCUCUGAUGUCUCCCUCUGGAUCUGUUGACAGUGCUGGAAAUUCAACUGGAGCAAAAGCUGACCUGGACAUGGCUUACGAGAGAGCUCGAGUGUCUUUCUCCUCAGAGGAGGGGCUAUCCAGCACUGCUGCGUACAAGUCCAUCUUGAAGAAGACGGUGACUGUGACAGAAAUGCCCUCGGCUGUCUUCCGUUACUCGGAGGGCAACCUCGUCGCUCAGGAGCCUGGUGCCAUCAAGCUGGUGGAUAGCAUCUUCGAGGCUGCCAAGAAGGAUCUCCUGACCUUGAUGAAGCUGGAUGACCCUUCCCAUCUGAAUGGAAAAGUGACACUGCAUCAGGUGACUGCUGGGACGGUGGUGUCGAGACAGGGUGACCAGGAUGUCAACAUCCGGUUUGUGAUCUCUGGGAUGCUCCAUGUGUACCAGCGGAAGAUUGACUCAGAGGAGGAGACGUGCCUGUUCAUUACCCACCCAGGAGAGCUGGUGGGGCAGCUCGCUGUCCUGACUGGGGAACCGCUCAUCUUUACCAUCAAGGCCAAUCGGGAUUGCAGCUUCCUGGCCAUCUCCAAGUCCCAUUUCUACGAGAUCAUGCGGGAGCAGCCGACAGUCGUCCUGGGUGUUGCUCACACAGUCGUGAAGAGGAUGUCAUCCUUUGUGAGGCAGAUUGACUUUGCUCUGGACUGGAUGGAAGUGGAAGCCGGACGUGCUGUUUACAGGCAAGGCGACAACUCGGAUUGUACCUACAUUGUGCUGAAUGGGCGACUCCGCUCAGUCAUCAGGAUGGACGAUGGGAAAAAGCAUUUGACUGGUGAAUAUGGCCGCGGGGACCUGAUUGGCGUGGUAGAGGCCUUAACCCAUCAGCCCAGAGCCACCACAGUGCACGCAGUUCGAGAUUCUGAGCUGGCCAAGCUUCCAGAAGGAGCACUGACCUCCAUCAAGCGGAAGUUCCCACAGGUGGUGACUAGGCUAAUCCAUUUGCUGGGCGAGAAGAUCCUUGGCAGCCUUCAGCAAGGGGGUCACCCGCUUGGACUGCAUACUUCCGGCAGCAAGUGGGACGCCGGCAACCCAGCCAGCAACCUCUCCACUGUUGCAAUCAUGCCUGUGUCAGAAGAUGUGCCGCUUGCCACCUUUACCUUGGAGCUCAAGCAUGCUCUCAGCGCCAUUGGUCCUGCUCUGCUGCUUACCAGUGACAACAUCAAGCAGCAGCUCGGCUCUGCAGCACUGGACAGCAUCCACGAGUACCGGCUGUCCAGCUGGCUGGGGCAACAGGAGGACAUGCAUCGCAUAGUGCUCUACCAGUCCGACAGCACCCUCACCCCGUGGACCCAGCGCUGCAUCCGGCAGGCUGACUGCAUUUUGAUCGUGGGCCUGGGAGAACAAGAGCCCACUGUCGGAGAGCUGGAGAGGAUGCUGGAGAAUACAGCCGUCAGAGCCCAGAAGCAGCUGAUCCUGUUGCACAGAGAGGAUGGUCCCCUUCCUUCUCGAACCGUAGAAUGGCUCAACAUGCGGAGCUGGUGUUCAGCCCACCUUCACCUCCGCUGCCCCCGCCGUGUCUUCUCCCGGCGGAGUUUGCCUAAGCUGAAAGAAAUGUAUGAGCGUGUGUUUCAGAAGCCUCCGGAAAGACACUCUGACUUCUCCCGGCUGGCCCGUAUCUUGACUGGGAAUGCUAUCGCUUUAGUGCUUGGAGGAGGUGGUGCACGGGGAUGUUCCCAAGUGGGCGUUAUCAGGGCCCUGAACGAAGCCGGCAUCCCGGUCGACAUGAUUGGCGGCACCUCCAUCGGUGCCUUCAUGGGUGCCCUGUAUGCCGAAGAGCGCAGCUACACUCAAAUGCGGAUCAAAGCCAGGCAGUGGGCUAUGAAUAUGAAUUCAGUGUUUAAAACAGUCCUAGAUUUGACGUACCCAAUCACCUCCAUGUUCUCUGGAGCCUCGUUCAAUAAUGGCAUCAGCACUAUCUUCAAAGACAAGCAGAUUGAGGACCUCUGGAUUCCUUAUUUUACCAUCACAACAGACAUCACAGCCUCGGAAAUGAGGGUCCACACGGAUGGCUGCCUCUGGAGGUACGUCCGGGCCAGCAUGUCCCUCUCUGGUUACUUGCCCCCUCUUUGUGAUCCAAAAGACGGGCAUCUCCUGAUGGACGGGGGUUAUAUCAACAAUCUUCCAGCGGACGUCGCAAGGUCCAUGGGUGCAAAAGUGGUUAUUGCCAUCGACGUGGGGAGUAGGGACGAGACGAACCUCACCAAUUAUGGCGAUGCCCUCUCUGGCUGGUGGCUGCUGUGGAAGCGGUGGAACCCCUUGGUGGACAAAGUGAAGGUGCCGAACAUGGCCGAAAUACAGACCCGACUUGCCUAUGUGUGCUGCGUACGGCAGCUGGAGAUGGUCAAGAACAGUGACUACUGCGAGUACAUCCGGCCACCUAUUGACCGCUACGGCACCCUGGACUUUGGGAAGUUCAACGAAAUCUGUGAAGUGGGCUAUCAGCAUGGAAAGACGGUCUUUAACGUCUGGUGCAGGAGUGGUGUCCUGGACAAGAUGCUGAAGGACAGGCAGGAGCUCUGUCAAACCAAGCCCUCGGCCAUUGUGUCGUGUCCCACAACCUCUUUCACAGACCUGGCAGAAAUAGUAUCCAGAAUUGAGCCGGUCAAGGCUGCUGUGGUGGAUGAUGAGUCCGACUAUCAGACGGAGUAUGAAGAGGAGGUUCUGGGCAGCCAGAAAGACGACUACGUCAACUUCCAGAGCAACCAGGCCGAAGAGGACCCUGACUCCCAGGACCAAGAAGUCCGGCUACGGAAGCAUGCCGGUGUCACCAGCCAGGACAGCUGGGAGAAUGGGGUGUCGGAGCUGAGCUAA